AUGACAUUAACUCUUUGCUUCUUCGUGGCGGCCAUCCAUGGCGCGGCUACGGUACCGCCAAGCGCCUCUGCUCCAGUGGCGCCAUCCGGGAAAUGCCCGGCCAAUUCGACGUUCACCGAGUGCAGCACGAUGUGCGAGCCAAAGUGCGGGGCCGAGAUCAUGAUCUCUUGCAUCGAGAUUUGUGGUCCUGCGAAAUGCCAAUGCAACGCCGGCUUCAAGCGGAACACUGACGGUGCCUGUCUGCUGGCCGCCGAUUGCCCUGCCGGAGGGUUGACUUGCGGCAAGAACGAGCAGGUCGACCAAUGCGGAGCCGCUUGUGAGCCACAAUGCGGCCAAACCGAACCCAUGAUGUGCCCGGCCAUUUGCUUGCCACCAGCCUGCCGCUGUAAGGCCGGAUUCUUCCGUAGCGUCGAUGGGAGCUGCGUGGCCCAGGCUAGCUGCCCGGCCAAUGCGACCACCAAGUGCUUGGCAAAAUGCAGCGCCGGCCAGAAAUGCGUCCUGCAAGAGGUCCAAUGCGUUCGAGCUCCAUGCAACCCAGUGCCAACCUGCGUGCCGGACGACGACACCCCAAAAUGCCUGGCAAGAUGCCGAGCCGGGCAGCGGUGCGUCCUGCAACAGGUGAUAUACAAGCGUGCCCCGUGCAACCCGGUGCCGACGUGUGUCCCGGAAAAUGGAGCCACGGGCUGCGCGGCCGUCUCGUGCAUGGUUGGCCAAAGCUGUGUGGUUGGGGCUGAUGGGACGGGGCGAUGCGUGCAACAGCCAACCGACCGCAACUGUGGCCGCAACGAGUUCUUCAACACGUGCACCGGCUGUGAGGCCACCUGCGAGAAUCGGCAGCCAAUUUGCAACAAGAUGUGCGUUCAGCCGGGCAUGUGCCGUUGCAGCCAAGGGUUCUUCCGCGGAAAUGACGGCUUUUGUAUCACGGCGGAACAGUGCGACUUGCAGGGCGCUUCCUCAGCCCCGACUCUCAGCUGCGCCACUGUUCUCUGCCACCCUGACUCGCCGAGAUGCGUCGAAACGCCCAGCGGACCGCAAUGCGUAGCACCCAACGAUACUUCGGCCACUUCUGCUACUCCCGCCAACCAGCAAUGCGGCAAAAACGAGUUCUUCAACGGCUGUGGUGGAUGCGAGGAUAAGUGUGGACAAACUGGGCCUGUUGCCUGCCCGAUGAUUUGCCGUCUUGAAGGGGCAUGCCGAUGCCAAUCCGGCUUCUUCCGCGACCCGAAUACUAAUGAAUGCGUCACCAAGGACCAAUGCUCCGUUUCAAAAUGCCGUGCACCUUGUCGCAAGGGGUAUAAAUGCAAGAAUACAAGCUAUGGACCGCAAUGUGUUCCUGGAAAAAGGGAAUCGGACGUCCCACAGACCAGCUGUGAACUCGUGGAUUGCCGGUCCGGAAUGGAGUGCGUCAUGGCCCAGCAAAUCUGCCCGGCCGGCCAGAAAUGUCUGCAGACCCCGACGUGCAUCCCGCAAAAUAUUUCCUCCUGCAAAAAUGUCAAGUGCACCGCCGGCCAUCACUGCGCCAUGAUCCAGGUUCAAUGCUUCGCCCCGCCCUGCUACCCGGUACCGCAAUGCGUUUCGGAUGUAGCUGAGGCGACGGAUGCCCCGCCCUCCGGAAUUACAUGUGCUAACGUUCGAUGCGCAGGCCCGUGCGUUGACACUCCCACCGGACCGCAAUGCCAGAGCGAGCAGCCACCACUCGGCCCAUGCGCCACCAUGAGGUGCCGUGCCGGCUUCAAAUGCAUUGAGGAGACGGUGGCCUGUAUCAUGGCCCCGUGCCCUGGCCAAGGAACCCACGGCCGCUGCGUUGCCGUCGAAAAUACUGAGCCCCAAAUCACGUGCGCGAGCACCGACUGUGCUCCGGGAUACACUUGUCAUAUGGCUGAGGUGACAUGCGUGAUGGCCCCAUGCGCACCGCAGCCGCAGUGCGUCCCUGUCAAUUAUACCAAUAUCUGCGACUUCACCGAGGUGUACACGGAGUGCGCCCCGAACUGCGAGGAGACCUGCCAUGGCGUGCAGACUUGCAAAUCUGAGGCAGCGAUCGACAUGUGCCAACCAGGGUGCCGAUGUGCCGACAAACAUCGAAGGAAUGAGCACGGGAAAUGCAUUCGGAACAAAAUGUGCUACAAAAGCCCUGGAUGCCAAGAAAAUGAGGAGUGGAAUAAGUGCUUCGCCUGCGACAAGAAAUGCGGCCAGGAGCUGGACGCGGGCUGCUCCUCGGAUUGCCGCUCGGGCUGCACGUGCAUUAGUGGAUUUGCCCGUAACGACAACGGAACCUGCAUUCCGGAAGUGGACUGU